ACCGUGGGAGAGUAUAAGUGUGUCUCAAACUUUGGACAGAUACUUGUCUUCAUUAUAAAAAUGUUCCCAGAGUCUUCCGAGAUAUACAACUACACUAACAAAACUACCAUUGCAUCAGAGCCUAGGUUUUCUGGUGCGGUGGUAUUAGAAAAACCUUCUACCAAUUCUGCUGACUACCAGCUUCAAAUCGCUUACAGGCUUUACAACCGAAAGACAGCCGUGAAGAGUGGCCCAAAAGUCAACUUGGUCUUCCAUCAUGGUAAUGGAAUGAACAAGGGGAUCUGGCAUUAUCAGAUCGAUCAAUGGUUCAACAUACUCCCAAACUUGGACUCUGUUUUAGCAGUUGAUUGUGUGAGCCACGGACAAUCAGCCAAAUUAAACAGAGGCAAAUUGGGGUAUGCAGUCAGCUGGAUUGACAUUGCCAAAGACGUCAUUAAAGUGGUUAAGUACGACGAAAAAGACAUAUUUCUCCAACCAAAUGUGGUGAACAUUUUUGUGGGUCACUCGCUUGGGGGGAUGGUUUCUUUUAUAACCGCAUAUUUCGAGCCAACACUUUUUGAUGCAAUUGUACCAUUGAACCCAGUAGCUCAGGUGGAUCAGGACAGGGCCGAUCUUCUCAGUAUGGUCUUUCAAAGAUGGCAGGAGACGGAAAAGAUCAGUAAUAGGUAUCCUGUAGAAAAAGGUGAAACAUAUGAAGAUGCUGUUUGGAGAUACUACAAGACCAAAUCGUUUUUCAAAAAGUUCGACGACAAAAUUUUGCAGAACAUGCUCGAAGAUGAUUACACAGAUGAGCGAAGCAUAAAGCAUGGGUUUGCUUACACCAAUACGGAUGCCCAACAAGAGUUCUUACUUUAUUUUGGUGGUAGUCCCAGUAUCGCGAGAAUUCAAGGAAUCUACGACCAAAUUACCACACCAGUCUACCACAUUGUCGGAGAAUUCGAUACCGCGGGUGACACUGCCGUUGAAGCCAUACGUGAGAGUAUGAAGAAGGUUAUCCAUCCCAUUGAUAUCCCUAAGGCUACCCAUUUGGUAAAUGCUGAACUGCCUCAGCUAUUUGUUGAGAUUCUUAGGAACAUCAUACUUGAAAGAGUUGAUAUAUUCCAUAAGUCUGGAGAUAUUAGGUACCCUGAUUCACAUUAUUUGAAAACCAUAGGUAUCGACUACAAGAGUCAGUUAUUGAAGAGACACUUUGAGGAGGGCUUUUUAUCUUAUAAAUUGUGAUACAAAAAAGCUUCAAUCUCCGAUUUUUAUACCUGACUCCUGUCCAAGGUUUCCCAUGGACUUCCGCUAUGUUGUUUAUCCUGUAGUUUAGGAACAGCAAUUAAGUAAUAUUUAGGUGAAAAAUAAUUCAGGCCUUGGAUUUACAGCACAGUACACGCCUAUUGUUAAGUUCCCCAUAAUCCAAGGGUUACAGAAUUGGCAGCGAUCAUCGCCUUCGUCAUAUGAAUAUACAAGUGGUGUUGCUCAAGGAUUCAGGUAAAAAAAGAAGGCUUCAAUAAAAUGGUUGGGUAGCUAUUGUUUCAGCUAAAUAUCCUCGAGGGUUGGCUUAGAAACUCACCGGCUCAUUUUGAUUAAAGUCUAUUUUUCCUAAUUCAAAGAACAAU